AUGCUGGAAGGAUGGGCCACGUCCUUUGAUUUGCUCGUAGUUGUCGUCGUCGCAGACCCCGUGGGCGCCUCUAGCGCUGGCUGGGUGUUCUGGGCUGUCGUCUGGGCGCCCUCGUGGGUGCCCCGUGCCUGGGCGCUCGGCGGGCGCCCGUCUGGCGCCGCGUCGGCGCCCUGCGCGUCGGCAAGCUGCACGCACGUACGCGACGACAAGAGCAUUGGCACGUGCUGCCCGGGGAAGUAUUGGUCGAAGUUGAUGCUGAGGUGCGAGCACUGCGCGCCGGGGCACUUCUCGACGCUCUCGGCGGACCAAUGCGAGUCGUGCCCUCCUGGCGAGUACCAGGACGAGCGGGGCCAGAGCGAGUGCAAGUCGUGUGCUGGCAAG